AUGCACGUGGCCAUGGCCAGCAACGACGAUGGCCUGGAUGCACUUUGGCAGGACCUCGAUUGGGCCAUAGGGCAGAUGUUAAUUAUGGGCUGGGAUGGCACCGAGGUGACUCCCCAGAUACGCAACUUGAUAGAGACUCAUCAUCUGGGCUCCAUCCUGCUCACUGCAAAGAAUCUCAAAUCGGCGCAUGAAACUGCGAAACUUGUACAAGAGUUGCAGACCAUUGCCCGCCAGGCUGGACAUCCCUACCCGCUUCUCAUUGCUUUAGACCAGGAAAAUGGCGGAGUCAACAGUCUUUUUGACGAAGAUUAUAUCUGCCAGUUCCCGAGCGCAAUGGGAGUCGCCGCGGCAGGUAACCCGGAGUUGGCCUACAACGUAGCAAAAGCCACCGCCACCGAGGUUUCUGCCGUGGGCGUGAAUCUGAUCCUGGGCCCUGUCCUCGACGUUCUCACCAAUGCUAGAUACCAGCCACUGGGCGUGAGAGCCACAAGCGAUGACCCGCAAGAGGUAUCUCAGUACGGCAUCGCUGCCAUGAACGGAUACAAAGCGGCAGGGGUUGCCACGUGUGGCAAGCAUUUUCCUUCGUACGGCAACCUAGACUUUCUCGGGUCCAGCCUCGAUAUACCCAUCAUCACGCAGACACUGGAGGAGUUGAGCCUUAGCGCCCUGGUUCCUUUCAGAAAUGCGAUUGCCACCGGUAACCUUGACGGCAUGUUCGUUGGUGGAUGCGGAAUCGCCAAUCCAUCAAUGAAUGUCAUGCAUGCCUGUCUAUCAGAUCAGGUUGUUGAUGACUUGCUGAGGAACGACCUUGGCUUCACAGGGGUUGCAAUCUCUGAAUGUCUUGAAAUGGAGGCUUUGAGCCACGAAAUUGGCGUCAAAGGAGGAACCGUCAUGGCUGUUGAGGCCGGCUGCGACCUUGUCCUCCUGUGCCGUGCGUAUGACGUGCAGCUGGAGGCUAUUGCAGGUAUGAAACUCGGCAUCGAGAACGGCAUCAUCACGCGCGAGAGGAUCUACACCUCGCUACAAAGGGUGCUACGCAUGAAAAGAGGUUGUACGUCGUGGUCCAAGGCAUUAAACCCACCAGGGAUAUCACUCUUGUCCAAGAUUCAUCCUUCCCACUUGGCUCUCUCGAAACAGGCAUAUGACAGCUCCAUUACAGUCAUGAGAGACAAGGACAAGCUUCUUCCCCUGAACAAGUCAAUGCAUCAAGAUGAUGAGCUACUACUGCUUACUCCACUAGUCAAGCCGCUGCCGGCAUCUGCAGCUACAAAAACACUUCUCAGGUCCAAGGACACAUAUGAUCAGGCCUCGGGCGUCCAUGACAAAUGGGUGCAUCGUGACAGGAGCGCUCUAAUGAGUGGCGAGGGUGUUUUCCGGGAGUUUGGCAGGUCUCUAGCCCGGGCGCGGCAUGGAAAGCUGCUACACACUUCGUACACUGCAAACGGAGUGAGACCAGUUCAUGAAAACCUCAUCGACAAAGCAUCUUGCAUCAUAAUUGUCACGGCCGAUGCGAACCGCAACUUAUACCAGGCCGGCUUCACAAAGCACGUCGCGACAAUAUGCGCGAUGCUGCGAGCCGGUGGUCAGAAGAAGUCGCUGAUUGUGGUGGCGGUCAGCUCGCCUUACGACUUUGCCAUGGAUAAGACGGUGGGAACAUAUAUAUGCACCUUUGACUUUACAGAGACUGCAAUGCAUGCUCUAGUCAGAGUCCUGGUAGGCGAGUUCACGCCUCAUGGGACGCUUCCGGGAACCCUCAGAAAAAGCAAGAAAGUGCUCCAGUCGCGACAGCAAUGGUUGGUUGAGAGCUACGAGCGAGAACGCGAUGCACACGGGCUAGAUGAUCUUAUCCAGUCUGUUGCACGAGCAAUGCCCGGCGGAGCCCUGCCAGGUAGUGCCUCAAACCAUAUAGCGGCAGCAACUGCAGCUACUUUCGAGCUUGGAAACCCGCGCAUCGAGGAGGCUCAUUUCGUUGUACGCAACAGCAGCACCAAGGCCCUAUACGGCUUCUGCGCAACAUACUGUGUCCAAGAGGUGGGCAUCAUUGGUGCCAUAUUUGUCGACCCCGCAAAACGCAACGUAUCGGUCGGCCGAUCGCUGCACCGGAGAGCCUUGCGCAGUCUUAUGCAGCGCGGAGGCGGUUGCAAAAAGCUCCAGCUGGGAACUACAUUCCCUGGAGUUUUUCUUGGCGUGCCUAUAGCAGACUCUCCGCCAUCGGCUUCUGUUGCGGAGCAGGGCGCCACCAGUGCCAAAGCCUGGUUUACAAGCAGUGGCUGGGACGUUCAAUUUCCCAGGUUACUAACUAGCCUGGCCAUUGCCGAUCUGCCAUCAUGGGGUGCACCGGAGGGUCUGUUGCAAAGCAUCCAACGUGCCAACAUCAGUUUUGAUCUGAUUCACGGCCUCUCGGAGAGCGGCGAAAGCGUGCUGGCUCACGUGAGGGCGCAUGCGAAUCCCGAGGUUCAGGAGCUGUAUCGAGCCGCGUUAGAGGAAACUAAAACGUGUGGCGUGGUGCGUGCCAAAGGCAACAACGACACUUUACUGGGCACCGUGGUCAUCUCGAGCCCUGGGAGCAACCUUUCUGCACACCUCCCAGCCUUUGGCAACAUUUACGGCGAGGAUUCGACAAUCGGCGGGAUCAUCGCGCCGGUGCUGGCAUCCUCGGGCUCGCACUCGGGCGUGUUGGUUUUGCAGGGGCUUGCGCUCAUGGGGUUGCGGCAAAACAAGGCACACAAAUCAUCACGCAGUGUGCUGAGUUGGGUAUAUGACGAUGCGUUUGAACCACUCGUGGCGAUGGGAUUCGAAGUCGCGCAACAGUUUGAGGAAAUUACAAAUUCACUCGACAACAUGGCAACCUUCAAUUCGAUGGCUCCGCCGGCCAGCGGCGAAUCGAUCCGGCUGAAUAUGAGCACCUCGGGUCCUCAGCCGCUGGGGAUGGAUGUGUUUGAUUCGGAUAUCACCUUCGACGAGUCUUUGCUAAGCAAUGCCCACGGACUUUCUAGCCUCCCGUUCACGCAGCAAUACGACUUUGAUUCCUUUGCCGGUACAUUCGAAGACCCUUUCGCAUACCCAUCCAGACCCAAUUUCCCCACAGCGUCGGAAGUAAUAUCCUUAGGCAUGAACCAGUCGGGCGGGGAACCGAUGCAGAGGCGCGCGACCGAGACCGAGGCAGACGCUGGUUUUGCGGAUCUGGAAGGCUCGCCACAAGACGAGGAGCUCGACAAUAAGCUGCUGAGCUUCUCGGCGCCCGUCUCCAAGGCGACGCUGGUGGACGACACGGGCAAACUUGUGGAGCCGGGCAUGACGGCCGAGCUCUACGGCAUGUUCUUCGUGGCCGAGGAUGUCUUUGGCGGGGAGCAGAACCCGGGCAGGCCGGCGGAGCUGACGUGCUACCGCCGCAACCUGUGGCAGUGCUCCGGGCAGGUGACGCUCCCCCGCACGGGGCACGGCCUACACGUCGUCACGAACCAGGGGCUGAGGGCAAAGGUGCUCGAGCUUGCCGUGGCCAUCACGGCGGCCGAGUCCAUCGAGGGCAAGCCCACCGAGAUCAUCUCGAUACCGUGGAAGAGCGCAAACGCAGGGGUGGCGGGCGGCGACGAGCACCAAAAGGGCGCCUCGGCGCCGCUCAACAUCCAGCUCGACCCGCUCGGCAGCGGCCAGGAGCUUGACGGGAACCGUGUCUCCAUCCCUGUGUCCUGGAAGCGGCUGCAGUUCAAACAUGCGACGGCCAACAACGGCAGGCGGAAGGGUCUACAGCAGCACUACAUCGUCCACAUUUCCUUGCUGGCCAAGCUCGGUCCUGCCCAGCAUCAGCACGGCGGCGGCGGCGGGGAGCAGGGUCUCGGCGCCAUACCUGCGUCCUCGCUGGUGGCAUCGGGCGAUGGGUUCGUCAAGAUCACCGAGAUCCGGUCCGGCCCCGUGAUUGUCCGCGGCCGUAGCCCCCGCAACUUUGACAGCAGGAAAGAUGUGGCGCUCAGCGGGGAGAAGAAGGCUGGCUCGAGGAGCAUGUCCAACGACCUAGGGGCAGAGGUCGCAACCCCUGUGGGUGCGACUAUGAAGGUCGAGCAGGGGACGCCGGAACUAUCGCAGACCUUACUUAGGAUGAACUCGACUGGUAGCAUGCAG